UCCCUCCCCUCUCCUUUCCCUUUCUCUCUUUCCUUCUGUCUCUUUCUCUUUCUUUGUCCACAUAACAUCCUCUCUGGGUCAUUUCUAAUGUUUGCUCUACAGGGAGGGUUCUCUUAGGUUUUCACUCCUUUAAAAAAAAUAAAUAAACAAAUGAAACCCAAAACAAGCAAACUAUAACUCACAAACUCCCAGUAACCACCAAUAAGCUUAGUCAUUUAAGAAGGUGUUACUGGACCUAGAUGGCAAGGUAAGAAAGUGAGUAUAUAAGCUCCCACAAAUAUAUGUCCAGGCUGGGAGAAGGGUGAGCUCACAUUUCAGAGGGCAAGAGUGUGUGGCGUUCAGCCCCCAGUUUCUAGUAUGGCCGGGCCUGGAAGUCUUUUCUCAGUGGAGUGCUCACACCCCAGAUCCCUAGGCCGAGAACCCCUUGGUUACCCGAGCAAGGACCUCGGAAUGGCUUUGUUUCCUUCAGUGACGGUCCUCCUGUGUAUCCCCGCGUCCUCGGUCCCUCAAAUGGGCCUCAAAUUCUCUAGAGCCAAGGAACUCUCUCGCCUCCGGAGGGAAAGUCUCCCUCUGGGCAAUUCCCGGGGAGAGAGGCAGAAGCUGGGGAGGGCAAAUCGAUUUACCCCCAGCUGGGAUCUCAAGCACAAUCCGGGAGCCCGGAUAGCCUUAAACUCCUCAGAUUUCACUUUUUAAAGUUCUCCCAGGCUGGCUAAUUUGUUUUCCUGUCAACCCCCAUUGUUCUCUUCAGAUUUAAUCUGAGAAGUGGGUUUAUCUCUGCGGUCUGUAACGCCUCAUUAAUACCUUGUGAAUACAACUAAUGGGGGGGAGGGGCAGCAGGGAGCCAAAGAAAGAAUUUCUUUCUCCCUGCUUUCCUUCUGGCUCCGUCUCUCUUCCUCUGACUCUUCUGUUUCUCCUUCGCUGUCUUUUGUCUCCUGCCUCUUCUUCCUUCUCGGUGUACAUCACCUUCCUUGUGGGCUUUCCCUCGGUCUCUCCCGUCUCUCCUCUGGGUGUCCGUCGAGCUUUCUCUCUCUCUCUCUCUCUCCCUGUUCUGGUCUCCAUUUCACUCGUGGCUAUUUACAUUUCUUUCCCUCUGCGUCUCCCUGUCCAUGGCUCUCUCUCCUUUCCUCCCUUCUCUCCAUUCCCGUCUAUCCCCCUCAAGGGUUUCUCCUUUUCCAUCUUGUCUUUCCUGUUUUAACUCCCGCCUCUCCUUCGCUUGCUGUCCUUAUCUCUACUAGUUCCCAUCCCCUCGGAUACCUGACUGCGCGCGUGCACGUGUAGGCGGUGUGUGCGCACGUGUGCGUGCGUGGGUAUGUGUAUGUGGAGGGGAGCGGCAGAGGGAGGCACGGAACCCGGUCCCGCCCCGCCCAGGACAGAGCCAGGGCCUUCCCCAACCUCUGGCGCCUCCAAGGCGGGGCCUCGGACAGUCAGAGGAGGCAGGAGCCUGGUCGCUAUGGCAAUCCUACGCCUCUUCGCCUCCUCCGCCUCGGGCCGGUCUGAUUGGCUGCCGGAGGGGCCUGGGACAGUCGCGUUAGCGUCCCUUUACGCCUGCGCUGUCAAUGCAGCUAAGUGCGAGGGGGCGGGGUCGGGCGGGGUCCCCUUUCCGCCAGCCCUAGCGAAAAUAACUCUUCUCCUUCCCAACUCUCCUCCUCCCUCUGGGCUUUUAGGUGGUCCAGGGAGGAGGAACCUGCGCCGACUCCGGGAGGCUGACCUGAGAGGCUAGUUAAUCUGUAGUCACGCGACUCCGAUCUUUAAAUGGCCCGGGGCGCAGGUAAGGAGGAGGAGGAGCGCGAGGAGACCAGCAUCACCUGUAGUCCGAUCGGUAACCUUACCCAGCCAAUCAGCGCGCGGCGCGGGUGAGGCUUUAGCCACUCGCUGCGAGCGGCGGAGCUGUCGACUGGGCUGCCUGGGUGUGACAAGCACAGGCUCCGGGCCCCUGCCCCGCCUCCAGUCCGGAGCCAUGGAGCCCGGAUCGCUCCAAAAUUCCUUCUACCAAUAUUCCGAAGAGGAUCCUUGCUUGACUCUUCAAUCCAACCCCAUGGUUUUCCAGAGGGACAAAAGGGAGGCUUAAAGUGGGCGACAUUCUCAGCCAAGACCACAUAGCGAGUCAGUCGCAGAGGCUAGACUAAGGCUCAGGGGCCCUGGGAGGGACAGACAGGCCUCCUAACUCCUGCCUCCUCUCCCAUCAGGGGCCAAUGGUGGUUGGUGUGAAGCGCAAGCAUCCGGGUGACCAUGGGGAUCCAGAAGAGGUGGAGGCUGGAAAGGAGUCCCAGGAGCAGGCCCCCUUCUCCCAGUCCAACCUGUGCCAGACCUUACUCCAACUUUCAAUGGACAAAUUCCAGCUAGGCCCCCCUAGCCUCCUGCGGCAGGUGCUCAUCACCAACACCCUCAACCACCUCAGGGAGAAGAUGAGCCUGGAGGGGAGCCCAGCCCCCUGCCAGGGACCCGGACUGGAGAUGCUUUUCCCCUUAACCGCCCAGUCGGCCAACGCCUUGCUCAGAGAGCUGGAGGAGCUCUUGGGCUUAAGAGCCACUCAGGACUGCUGCGAGGCCCCAGAUGGGACACGCGCCUCUACCUCUGCGGAUGGCCUGUUGGGAGACGGCCAGCAGAUACCUUCCCCUCUCGGGGCCUUAACUUCCCCACCUGUCAGGGCUGAGGAGCCUCUCCGGGGCAGCUUUGAGAUCAUGAGCCACCUGGGAGACCUGGUUCCUGAGGACUUCUUCACCGACAUGGACACCUCAGAUGUGGAAAGGGAGCCCUGGCCCUCCGCUUCCUUUGCCUCUUCCUCUGCGGCAGUCUGCUUCCCGGGGCAGUCUGCGGCCGAAUGGGACUGGACCGAACUGGACCAAAUCUUGGAAAUCAUCAAGGGGUCAUAAGACUGGGCUGGGGGAUGGGACCCAAAUCCCCUACUUGGGAUUUGGAAUCCAUCCUUUCAGACACUUGCUAACUCUGGACAGUGUCAAGAAAGUGAUCUCCAAAGAUUUCCUGUCUCAGGAACCUGGGGGGAAGCUUCCUAGUGAUGAGGAAAGCUUCCUCUCUUCGGAUGUUCGGCCCUGGUCUCUCUGCCGCUGCGGGCAGAACACCUGAAUGUAUUUCUCUUUCCUAUUGGCUCGAUGGCACUCUGCUCCCCUGCUGACACCCAAUCACCUUGACAGGCCCGAGGCCAAACACUUGGGGGCUGCUGUUCCCCUCCCGUUAGCCCUGUGCCUUCUGGGAGCCUGGUUCCCAGGUGUGAUGUUCUCUAAAGUGUAAAGUUCUCUGGGAGCAGGUUUCUUGGGGGGCUUCUGGAGGCAGCUUCAGUUCAGUUCAGUGUAAUCACACCUGCAGCCAGGGAUUAAAAAUCCACAUCCUUUACUGUCUCCUCCCUGGGGCCCGGUUAGCUUUCUUAGAGGCCUCCUCGGUUCCCAGAGCUUAAGCUGCCUUCUCUGGCCCGUGAAUCCUGGCUGGGGCUCCCAGAGCUUCUCGUGGGCUUCUCAGCUCCUCCUCCUACAUACGCUCUUAAAGGUGUGAAUCUCGUGGAAUUACCGUAAGGACUAAGCACAUGUAAAUUGGAGAAUCUUUAUCUCAUCCAUUCCACUUACUUAGCGCCCAGUGAGACUCCGCAGGCCCAGGUGCUCUCUCCUUUUUCCCUUGACUCGGAGUCAGAUCCAAAGAAGAAGCUGCUCUGAGUUGAGUAACUGCCUGGGGGAGGAAGGGGGCAGGGCAGGGCAGGGCUGAAGGCCAAGAGGCCUCUGGGGAGACAAAGUCCACAUUACCGGGAGGAGGGGCUGUAGACCAACCCCCCCUCCACCCAUCUCUCAGGGCUGACAGGUAUGGAAACCGUACAAACUUACAUCUUCUUCCCCCCUCCCCACGCCGGCGCCGGGUCAUAACUGUGAACCCCCACCCUUUCUCUGUGCCCCUCCUUUGACCUUAUUCACCCCCUUCCCUUCCCAAAGUGGCCUUGAUGAAGUGCAACAGGGAUGAAGGAAUCUCCAUCUGUAGUCACCCUUUUUUUAUUCUAUUUCAAAAAGGCCGAUUUUGUGAAUAAAACCUUCCCGUUCCGUAA